AAACAAAAUAACCCUGCCUAGUGCCUAGUCAUGUACGGAUUAUCUAUUCAUAUGAUUUCUCCCCCACAAACUUGACAAUGGCGGUUCUCAACUUCACCUUCUGUUGCUCCAAACUUCACUGUCUCCCUCCUUCCAAACCCUCUUCUCCAAUUCUUCAAAUCCCUUCUUCUCCACAGGUACGAACCCAAUACAAAAUCACUGAUGACUCCCCCAUCAGUUUUUCGGAAUCCAUGUCCAAAGUAUGCAUAACAGCUCUAGUCUCUGCUUCCCUCUUCUUCGCUGCUGAUCCUGCUCUUGCAUUCAAGGGUGGAGGACCGUAUGGUUCUGAAGUGACGAGAGGCCAGGAUCUUACAGGAAAGGACUUUAGCGGCAGGACUUUGAUUAAGCAGGAUUUCAAAACGUCGAUUUUGAGACAAGCUAAUUUCAAGGGUGCAAAGUUACUUGGAGCUAGCUUCUUUGAUUCGGAUUUAACAGGAGCUGAUCUUUCAGAUGCAGAUCUUAGAGGCGCAGAUUUCUCAUUAGCAAACGUAGCAAAGGCGAAUUUGACAAAUGCUAACUUGGAAGGAGCACUGGUUACAGGGAACACAUCAUUCAAAGGAUCAAUCAUAACAGGCGCAGAUUUCACUGAUGUCCCUCUAAGAGAAGAUCAAAAGGAAUAUCUUUGUAAAAUUGCAGAUGGGGUGAAUUCUGUAACAGGCAAUGAAACACGAGAGACAUUGUUUUGCAAGUAGCAUGGCUUGUUGUUAAUUCUUAAGUUGUGUAAAAACUUUAUCAUUCUUUUAAUUUUAUUUUUUGAAAAGUUCCCUCAUUUUUGAUUGAGGAUCAUCUUAUGUUGGUGUUUGUUGAAUUCUUAACAUAAAAAUUAAAAGCUAUAGA